AUGAGGUGGUAUGGAGCAGCCUCCAUACUGUCGACUCUGUUCUGGCCGGCUUGUGCCAUCUUUGCCGACGACGCCUUCCACAUAGACUUCCACCAUGCGCUUCUUGGAAGCCCGCAGCCUCAUACGACGUUUUUCCACAAGCCCCAUGCGAACACCAACGCCUCCCUUCUCUACACCGUCUCCGACAAAGCUGUCCUAGGUGCCGUCAAUCCCAAGGACGGGUCGGCGCUGUGGCGGCAACCUCUGGCAGGACAACCUGUCGACAAUGUGUCGAGUUCAUAUCUGGUUGCGGGGGAAAGAGACGGUCAAUUAGUGAGCGGAUAUGACAGGACGGUGGCAUGUUGGGACGCCCUCGAUGGGAGACUCGUUUGGGACUACACUCUGCCACCGGGUACUGUAAUAGGUGGACUACAGGCGAUCCCGCUCCAAGGCUCCGUCACCGAUGGGGUUACGCAAGACUUUGUGGUCCUGGCUAUCCCAACGGACUCACACACACAUAUCUCAAUCAGCCGAAUUGCUGGCGACGGCAGCGGACACAGAUGGCAACAUGUAGAUUCAAGCACCGCACAUGGAUCGUCCGCAUCAAUAGCAACCUCCUCGAAGCACGUCUAUUAUGUCUCAACGUCCCACGGUUUGUUGACGAGCAAUAAGGCGAAAAUUGUCACCCUCGAUAGCGCAGCAGGGCACGAAGUCAGCCAAACGAGCGUUGCCGUCGAUUCAGAGCCCUUGGCGGCUGGCGGUCAAUACACAGCAGCCGCAAGCUCCAACUUUCCAUUCCUGAUCUCCGCCGAGAGACCGUUCAAAUCGCUUAAGUUCGCCCUCCUCACCAAUCCGAAAGUAUCAUCCCUUACUCUGGACGACAAAGGUGAAGAGAUCGAGGACGUUAUCGUCCAUGCGGUUUGUGAUCAAGGUGCAGCUCCUCACUUCCUUCUGCACAUUAAGGGGAAGAAACGACAAUGGGCCGAGGUUUAUCAUGUCAACACAAAAUCGGGAGAUGCUACUAAGGCCUUUUCGCUGCCUGCCACUGAAGAACAGAGCGUCUUUACUGCGAGCGGCUACGAGGGGACUGGCUUUUUUAUUCGUUCCACGGAGUCAGAAGUCUUUCUAUACUCUUCAGAAUCUCACGGACAGCUAGGGAGAUGGAAAAAGACCAACUUCAAGACCAGCCCCGGAAGCUUCCGUUCGCACGCCACCGCUGAGGUUGUCAGCAGAGGGAAGGCCAGCUACGCCGUUCGAGUCGCUGAAUUUUCCACGAGUGGAGAUUGGUCUCUGAUCCGCAACGGAGAAUUGCAAUGGAGCAGGCCGGAGAUGCUGGCCUAUGCGAACAUUGCCGCGUGGGAUGAAAAUGGUGCUCCAGACGCUCUGGCCGAGGAACUCGAUCUUGAGUCUUCGGUGAACCCCUGGAUGGCUUACAUCCAUCGUCUCAAGCGGCAUCUCCAUGAUCUCGUAUCAUUUCCUGAGUACCUUCGCAGCCUUCCCGACACCAUUUUGAAAGCUACCCCUGAUGCUGAUGCAAUCACACGCCAGAAUCUGGUGGGAACAAAAGUUGUGAUCGUUGCCACCACUCGAAAAGAAGUCAUUGCACUCGAUGCCACCGCUCCAGGCGCUCUCAGGUGGCAAUCAGAUCUUUCCGCCUAUAUCCCCGAAGGUGUCGAAAUCAAAUCUGUGACAGUCAGUGGCGGAAGGGUGUCGGUUUAUCUUUCCGAAGGAUCACUGAUCGUCGUGGACGCGAGCAAUGGAAAUCUCGUCGAAAACAACCCUGGAACCAUUCCCAUAUCCCAUCUCAUCCACAUCCCCGGCACGCCUGCUCCCGCAGUCAUCAAAGUUGGAUCUGACGGUGUACCUUACCCUGCCGAGGACUUUGCUUCUGGGAUUGCCUCAGAAGGAAAUGUGGUGGUAACAAUAAGCCCUGAGGGAAAGGCAAUAGGCUGGAGUGUUGGACGCAGUGUCCAGAAAACAUGGACCCUAAAACCGCAAGAAGGGAUGAACAUCGUGCGUGCUGUCGCUCGAGCAGAACACGAUCCAGUUGCCUCGAUCGGCCGUGUACUUGGAGACAGAUCUGUUCUGUACAAGUAUAUCUCGCCGAAUAUUGCCCUCCUGUUGGCCACUUCGAACUCUGGAGCAUUGACGGUCUAUUUGAUCGACGCCGUGACGGGAGCGAUUCUGCACACUGCCGCUCACUCUGGUGUGCUCUAUCCAGAUAUCCCUGCCGUGAUUUCCGAAAACUGGUACGCCUACACGUUCACCACUCGUGACCCUUUGACCUCAGGUCUUUCCAACCAGCUUGUCGUGUCCGAGCUCUACGAGUCCUCGGCACCAAACGACCGGGGUCUGUUGUCAGCGCGAACGAAUUACUCCGUCUUUUCCGUCGACGGUGCUGCGGCGAAGCCCUAUGUGAUAUCUCAAUCUUACACCGUGGCUGAACCGAUUUCUCAUCUGGCUGUUUCGCAGACUGCGCAGGGAAUAACCACACGCCUCCUGCUCGCGACACUACCCGACAGCAACGCAAUCGUCGGUAUUCCCCGCGAAAUCCUUGACCCCCGUCGCCCUGUCGAGCGGGAUCCCAAUGCCACAGAGCGAGAGGAAGGCCUCACCCGCUACGUGCCGAACCUCGAGUUUGAUCCAAGGUACUACCUCACGCACUCACGCGAGGUGUUGGGCAUCAAAGAGGUCCUUUCUUCCCCGUCCCUACUGGAAUCGACGUCGGUAGUCUUUGCCUUCGGGCAUGAUAUUUUCGGCACGACAGUCACUCCAAGCAUGGCAUUCGAUAUGUUGGGAAAGGGAUUCAACAGGGUGCAACUCGUCCUCACGGUCGUGGCGUUAUUUGCCGGUGUGUUGGCCCUGAGACCACUGGUAAGGAAGAAGACGGUUGAGGGCCGGUGGAAGUAG